AUGAUGGCUGAUUCCAUUCAAGAGCUGUCUCGACGAGAGAAAGUCCGAUUAGACAGGAAAUCUUUAUCAAAGUCCAAGUCAACGCGAUUUAUCGCGUUUAAUAGGUAUACAAAUAUACUCUGCUACGAUGAAAGCCUGCCGAGCACAGUGGAGUAUAUCAACGCAUCCGUCGUGCAGUUUAACGACUUUAAUUGCGAUAUUGGGCAGUCAAAGAUGUUUAUAGCCACACAAGCACCACCGUUGCACACGCUGCAAUCAUUCUACACGAUGAUUCUCGAGGAAGGUGCCCGUGAUAUCAUACAGCUGUCCAAUUAUCGCGAGAGCGGGAGAGUAAAGGUUGAUUAUUACCUGCCAAACGAUUUUAUUCAGCUGGAUGGUAUUACUAUCACAAAAAAGUCCAUAGAUGAGGACGAAGAAUGUCUGACAACGAUUAUCGAGAUAACAACGCCCUUUAAAUCACUUGAAACCCGUCAUAUACUCUACAAGAUAUGGCCAGAUCACUCCGCGCCGAAAUCACUUUCCUCUUUAAAAACCCUUUUGCGUAGACUCGAUAGGCAAUCACCUUGUGUUGUGCAUUGCUCAGCAGGGAUCGGCAGAAGUGCAACAUUUAUAGCCUUAAACGAGCUUAUACGAUGCAAAGACCACAAAUUAAAGCCAUUCUACGAUGACCUCAACGAAAACAAUACUGAUAACGCAGAUAUUGUAUUCCGGGCUGUCGACUUUAUAAAAAGGCAGAGGCCGCUGAGCUGUGAGCCGAUGCAAAUAGCUUGGCUAUACCACGCACAGCAGCGACUGUAA